ACUUUUGUUAUAGAGACGGCCGCCAUUAGAGUUUUGCUGUCGCGUCGCGUUGAGAAAAGUGUGAAAAACCUUCUAAAAACCGUGGUAAUAGAUAACGCUGCACAAGUUGGUUGGCUAUUAUUGGAAGGAUUCUCUCUGUAAAGCGCAUAAAAAGGAGCUGAAAAUAUGGCCUCGCCCUCUCCGGCGAACAGUCCCAUGCCACCGCCACAGGCGCCCAGUCCGAUGGCUCCGCCCUCGCAGAGCCCUGCCCCCUCACCGCACAGCCCCUACCCGCAUCAGCAGCCAGGACCUCUGCAAGGACCCCCGCCCCCGGGUCAUCCCGGUGCCUACGGACAUCCCAUGCAGCACGGACCACCGGGACAAGGUCCUCCCGGUCACCAUAUGCCACCACAUCACCAGGGGAUGAUUUUCUCAAAAGGUCCUCACAUGGGAAUGCAGAUGCCGCCGACGGGGCCGAAUAUGUCGCCAAUUGGUUACCAAACUCACGGAAUGCCUCCCAAUGCCCCAACACAACCCUGCAUAGUGUCACCUGGAGGACCGCCUGGCGGCCCGCCUCCGCCGGAGCGCUCCAGCCAGGAGAACCUGCACGCCCUGCAGCGCGCUAUUGACUCGAUGGAGGAGAAGGGUCUGCAGGAGGAUCCGCGCUACUCCCAACUGCUGGCCAUGCGGGCCACCUCCAAGCACCAGCACCUCAAUGGCAAUCAGGUUAACCUGCUGCGCACACAGAUCACUGCCUACCGAUUGCUGGCGCGGAACAAGCCCAUAUCCAUGCAGAUGCAGCAGGCGUUGCAGGCGGCCCAGCAACAGCCACCGCCGGGACCUCCGAUUGGGCCACCCGGAGCACCAGGUGGACCGCCACCGGGCAGCCAACAUGCCGGUCAGCCGCCAGUGCAGCCACAACAGCCGCAACAACCACCACCAUCGGCGGGAACACCGCCCCAGUGCUCCACGCCACCGGCUAGCAAUCCUUAUGGACCACCUGUUCCUGGCCAGAAAAUGCAGGUGGCUCCACCACCGCCACACUUGCAGCAGGGACAACCGUUGCCGCCCCAACCACCGCAGGUGGGUGCCCCGCCCAUCCAGCAGCAACAGCCGCCGCAGCAGCAGCAACAACAGCCGCAGCCACCGCCGCCGGAGCAACUGCAGCAUCAGUUGCCUAAUGGAGGCAAACCGCUGAGCAUGGGACCCGCCGGAGGACAGCCACUGAUCCCUUCGUCGCCGCAGGUGAGGGGAGCUCUGCCGGGAAUGCCGCCUGGCAGUCAGGUUCCUCAGCCAGGAGGCGGUCCACCGCGACAGGUGCCACCAGCGGGCAUGCCCAUGCCGAAACCCAACCGCAUCACAACGGUGGCCAAGCCCGUUGGUCUGGAUCCCAUCACGUUGCUGCAGGAACGGGAGAACCGGAUAGCGGCCAGGAUAUCGCUUCGCAUGCAGGAGCUCCAGCGUCUGCCGGCCACCAUGUCCGAGGAUCUGCGCCUGCAGGCAGCCAUUGAGUUGAGGGCCCUGAGGGUCCUAAACUUCCAGCGGCAGCUGCGCAUGGAGUUUGUCCAGUGCACGAGAAGGGACACCACGUUGGAGACCGCGCUGAACAUCAAGUUCUACAAGAGGACCAAGCGACAGGGCUUGCGGGAGGCACGCGCCACCGAAAAGCUGGAGAAGCAGCAGAAGCAAGAGGCUGAACGCAAGCGUCGGCAGAAGCAUCUCGAGUUCCUGGCGGCGGUGCUGCAGCACGGCAAGGAUUUGAGGGAGUUCCACAGGAAUAAUAAGGCUCAGCUUGCCAGGAUGAACAAGGCCGUGAUGAACCAUCACGCGAAUGCAGAGCGCGAACAGAAGAAGGAGCAGGAGCGCAUCGAGAAGGAACGUAUGCGCCGUCUGAUGGCCGAGGACGAGGAGGGCUACCGCAAGCUCAUCGAUCAGAAGAAGGACAAGCGGUUGGCGUUCCUGCUGUCGCAGACGGACGAGUACAUCAGCAACCUCACGCAGAUGGUGAAGCAGCACAAGGACGACCAGAUGAAGAAGAAGGAGGAGGAGGGCAAGCGGCUGCUGCAGUUCAAGAAGGAGCUCCUGAUGAGCGGCGAGUACAUUGGCAUCGACGAGGGCAGCAUCGUUGCCGAUAUGCGUGUCCAUGUGGUGGAGCAGUGCACGGGCAAGAAGCUAACCGGCGACGAUGCUCCCAUGCUGAAGCACCUGCACCGCUGGCUGAACAUGCAUCCCGGCUGGGAUUGGAUCGACGACGAGGAGGACAGCUGCGGCAGCAACGAGGACCACAAGCACAAGGUGGAGGAGCAGCCAACGGCCACGGAGGAUGUGACCGAUAAGGCGGCGACGGCGGGCGGCGAUGUCGAUCCCAAGGAUCUGAUCACCAAGGCCAAGGUGGAGGACGAUGAGUACAGGACAGAGGAGCAGACCUACUACAGCAUCGCCCACACCAUUCACGAAAAGGUGGUGGAGCAGGCCAGCAUUAUGGUCAAUGGCACGCUCAAGGAGUACCAGAUCAAGGGCUUGGAGUGGUUGGUGUCGCUGUACAACAACAAUCUGAACGGCAUCCUGGCCGAUGAAAUGGGUUUGGGUAAAACCAUUCAGACCAUUUCGCUGGUUACCUACCUGAUGGACCGCAAAAAGGUGAUGGGGCCCUACUUGAUCAUCGUCCCACUCUCGACCCUGCCCAAUUGGGUGCUGGAGUUCGAGAAGUGGGCGCCGGCAGUGGGCGUGGUCAGCUACAAGGGAAGUCCGCAGGGAAGGCGACUGCUGCAGAAUCAGAUGCGGGCAACCAAGUUUAAUGUGCUGCUCACCACCUAUGAGUACGUCAUUAAGGACAAGGCGGUGCUGGCCAAGAUCCAGUGGAAGUACAUGAUCAUCGACGAGGGUCACCGCAUGAAGAACCACCACUGUAAGCUCACCCAGGUGCUGAACACCCACUACAUUGCUCCCUAUCGAUUGCUGCUCACGGGCACUCCACUACAAAACAAACUUCCCGAGCUGUGGGCCCUUCUCAACUUCCUGCUGCCCUCGAUCUUCAAGUCCUGCUCCACGUUCGAGCAGUGGUUCAAUGCACCAUUCGCUACGACCGGCGAGAAGGUCGAGCUGAACGAGGAGGAGACCAUCCUCAUCAUUCGCCGCCUGCACAAGGUGCUGCGUCCCUUCCUGCUGCGCCGUCUCAAAAAGGAGGUGGAGCACCAGCUGCCCGACAAGGUCGAGUACAUCAUCAAGUGCGACAUGUCCGCCCUGCAGCGGGUUCUCUACAAGCACAUGCAGAGCAAGGGCGUCCUGCUCACCGACGGCUCCGAGAAGGGCAAGCACGGCAAGGGUGGCGCCAAGGCGCUGAUGAACACGAUCGUCCAGCUGCGCAAGCUCUGCAACCAUCCUUUCAUGUUCCAGCACAUCGAGGAGAAGUACUGCGACCACACCGGAGGACAUGGCGUGGUGUCCGGUCCGGAUUUGUAUCGCGUAUCCGGCAAAUUCGAGCUGCUCGACCGCAUUCUGCCCAAGCUGAAGGCCACAGACCAUCGCGUGCUGCUCUUCUGUCAGAUGACCCAGUGCAUGACCAUUAUCGAAGACUACUUGGGAUGGCGCCAGUUUGGAUACCUUCGACUGGACGGCACCACCAAAGCCGAGGAUCGUGGCGAACUGCUGCGCAAAUUCAACGCCAAGGGUUCGGAUGUGUUUGUCUUUCUGCUAUCCACUCGAGCCGGUGGCUUGGGUCUCAAUCUGCAGACCGCCGACACUGUGGUGAUCUUCGACUCCGAUUGGAAUCCUCACCAGGAUCUGCAGGCCCAGGAUCGUGCUCAUCGUAUUGGCCAGCGUAACGAGGUGCGCGUGCUCCGUCUGAUGACAGUUAACUCCGUGGAGGAGCGAAUUCUGGCUGCCGCUAGAUACAAGUUGAACAUGGACGAGAAGGUCAUCCAGGCCGGUAUGUUCGAUCAAAAAUCAACGGGCAGCGAACGCCAGCAGUUCCUCCAAACGAUCCUGCAUCAGGAUGACAACGAGGAGGAGGAGGAAAAUGAGGUGCCCGAUGACGAGAUGAUCAACAUGAUGAUUGCUCGCAGCGAAGAGGAGAUAGAGAUCUUUAAGCGCAUGGAUGCAGAACGCAAGAAGGAGGACGAGGAGAUCCAUCCGGGCAGGGAGCGCCUGAUCGAUGAGUCCGAAUUGCCCGACUGGUUGACGAAGGACGACGACGAGGUUGAGCGUUUCCACUAUCAGUACGAUGAGGAUACCAUUCUCGGUCGAGGUUCCCGUCAGCGCAAGGAGGUCGACUACACGGACAGUUUGACUGAGAAGGAGUGGCUGAAAGCCAUUGACGAUGGCGCUGAGUUUGACGAGGAAGAGGAGGAGGACGACUCCAAGCGCAAACGACGCAAGCGUAAGAACCGAAAAGAAGAGUCCGACGACGAUUCGUUGAUAUUGAAGCGGCGACGACGCCAGAACAUAGACAAGCGUUCCAAGAAGCAGAUGAAUAAGAUAAUGAGUGCGGUGAUCAAGCAUAACCAGGAUGGUCGCACCCUGUCCGAGCCAUUCAUGAAGUUGCCGUCUCGCCAGCGGUUGCCCGACUACUAUGAGAUCAUCAAACGGCCGGUGGACAUUAAGAAAAUUCUGCAGCGCAUCGAGGACUGCAAGUACGCCGAUCUCAACGAGCUGGAGAAGGAUUUCAUGCAGCUGUGCCAAAAUGCGCAGAUCUAUAACGAAGAGGCCUCGCUGAUUUACCUGGAUUCGAUGGCCUUGCAAAAGGUGUUUGUUGCCGCCAGGCAGAGAAUAACAGCUGCAGCGGACGCAGUUGCAGUGGCAGCCGGAGAAAAUACGGGUGAAGGGCACGGAAACGGCGGUGGUUCGGAUAACUCGGAAAACGAGGACGAAGAUGGAGGCGAUGAUGGUUCCGAUGACGAGGAGAUUGCCACAACAUCCGCGGCUGCUGUCAAAAUGAAGCUCAAACUGAACAAAUCUUUGGCCAGUGCUCCGGCGACGCCCACGCAAUCAUCGAAUGUGGGCAGUGGUGCAGCCACCACGUCCAAAAAGCAAACGCGACGCAAGCGGUCACAGAAGAAAUACACCAUUUCCGAUGACGACGACGAUGAUAUGGACUAGCUACCGCUGGGCGUGAUCUUCAAGCGCCGAUCAUCGGAUGUCGAAGGCAUGGGCAAUUGAUCAUUAGUUAGACUAAGCUUAACCCCUUUCGAGAGAGAUGCUUACCGAAACCCUGACUCAAGGGUUCCCUUAACCAUCUGGCCUCCCUGUCCAGGCUAUCACUUCUAUCCUCUACCCAUCGGUUUUAAUUUUAGGUUUCUUUUAAGCUUCCUUUCCUAAUUAUUAUGCUCACAAAAUUUAUUUCUCCCAUCUUUAUUGAUUGUAUAAUUAUGUGCUUUAAAAUAAAUGCAUACCUAACAUAA